GUAUAAUUGAUGUGGGCACACGAAAUAGAAAGGAGCAAAAUAGAUCUGGCUAUGGCCGCCUAUACCCUAACCCGCAGCAGAGUCAUCUCUCUCGUCAUCAUCUUCGCAAUAGCCUCAACAUCGACUGCCGGCGCCCGCGAAAGGGUCCGUUUGGACGAGAAUGACCGCCGCAUCCUCAAGGCCAUGAUGGACCGCUGCGUGGAGAUAUUCCUCUACCCCUUUUCGCCGCCGCCCCACAGAUUCGUCAACGCCGACGAAGCCAGCCUAGUCCCGGGACUCACCAUGUACAACUGCGCCUCACUCUUCAAUAACCUCCGUAACAUCGCCGGCCGCUACACUCCCGAAAUCCUUCAAAUGCUCUACGAGAUUCCCUUCUUCGAAUUUCCCAGGUUCUGGUUCGGAUCGGGUACGGAUGUGCCGCCGGCUAUAGACUAUUCAAAACCCGGAGUCUUCCGCGGCGGUCCUUUCCUGUACGGAAAAGAUAACAGAACGGAGAUUCCUGCGGAGGAUUACCAGGCCUUGAAGGCGGUGAUGGAUUCCUGUGUGGGGCAGUUCCUGCACCAUUGGGAGGAGAAGGAUGACGAGGAAUCUCGGGAUAAUCUCAAAUUCUGCGAUGACUACUUUUAUUACUUGUCGUCCUUUUACGAGAAUAACGACAGGCUGACCCCGGAGUUCGUCCGAGUCAUGAAAAACUUCGUCGACAAGUAUCGGGCGCUGAGCAGAGAGGAACAGUUAUUACACCGUUGCUUGAUUGUGGAGAGGCAUCGUCCCCAGUACUGUCUCGAUCUUAUCCAGUUCAUCACUCCCGAAUUCACAGAAGAGAAUAUGCACACCUCGUUACUGCAGGAUGUAUUUGCUGGCCUACAUCAACGAUAGAUAUGGUUUUUAUUAAACUUCACAUUCCUUAUUUCCUUUUUAGGCAAAUAAAUCUACAUAAAAACAGUGUCAAACAGUGUCACAACAGUGUCAAACAGUGCUUCAACAGUGUACUCUACAGUAAAGUCAAAUUUCUUUCCUUAUUUUGUGUGAAGUCAAAGUGUGAAGUUUAAUAAAAACUGGAGGUAGUAUAUCACGGAAACUCAAUAAUCAAGAGGAAAUGGGCAAUGGAAAACAGAAACUGGAACUUUUGCUCAAAAAAUGGUUGUUUGGAAAGUUUUCUUAGAGUUUUUCCGUGGCACAUAUUUGUAUGUGCAUCGUCUACGUUAUGUUACUUUAUUUCAUCUGUUCUUAUGGUUUCUUCUUUCUCCUCUUCUUCUUUUCCUUUUACCCCGUUUAAUUGUGUAAACACUUAUGCUACUUGUUAAAAUUAUUAUAUUCUACCCC